AUGAAUAUCCCACCAGGCUUCCCCCACCAACCGCCCCAGCCUGCACCUUCACAAGAGAAUGAGCUCAAAGCAAUGCUAAAGCAACUACUUCAAGGGCAAGCUGAUGGGGUAGUGGACACAAGCAAGAAGCUAGCUGAAAUAAACUCUAAGAUCGAGAACCUCAACACAAGGGUUUACUCUCUGGAGAAUCAUGCUUCUUCUGUUGCUGCUGCUACAAAGCAAGGACAACUACCUGGUAAAGCUAUUCAGAACCCCAAGGAACAGUGCAAGGUCAUCUUCACUCAAGAAGGACUUGUUGAAGAAGAGGAUCAAGAAAGGGUCAUUGAAGAUUUUUGUUUACUGCUGAAUGAUGAAGAGAUUGUUGCUGCUGAGGCUCCUGGAGUCCAGAUUGAUCAACCAGAAGUGCAUGCACCUACUGUGGCCAUUCACACUUCACCAGUUGAGCUCGCACGACAAGCUCGAUCGGCAGCUCGAUCGAGUCCAACUCUAGCUCGAUCGAGUCCGACCUCUUCUGUCCGACAGCCUGUUUUGCUUGAUCCUUAUCAACCAGUUGCCGCUUCCUCGUCUCGCCUACUUAGUCAAGGUCACAAGGAAGUGAUUCACAAGUUCAGAAGAGAUCUCAGUGGGAUUGGAAUUGAGUUGCCUCUAUGGAUAGCAUGA